UGGGUGAUGGUCGAUGCCUCUCGUGGACCCGUCCCAUUACCCAAUGAAUCUUUCUACACUUUCAUUCCCAGCGCGGAUGUGACAGUAAAGUUGCGUCCCGAAGUAUCAGGUGGCACCGCCCACACUUUGCGCCAAACCGGGACGAUACAUAUCUCUAACCAAAGACUCGUCUUCAUUGCCGACAAGGCGACCCCCCAACCUGAGUCAUCUCUCGAUACCAUAUCUAUUCCACCGCUUGCCAUCACCUCAACCUCCUUUUUGCAGCCAUGGUUUUCCGCCAAUUACCUCAAUCUGACACUCGGAAGACCAGUAGAAGGGGGUGGAAUAACAUCUGGUAGUACUAUUGAGGUUCGACUCAAUGAUAGGGGUCUGUUUCAGUUUGUUGAGAUUGUUGAGAGGAUGCGUGCGCAGGCCGUU